AUGCAUGAAAUCGUCUAUUUCGGACGUUGUGUGCCGUACUUAAUUGCCGACUACAUUCCAGCGCUACAGAAAUAUAAACUUCAGCCAAACAAAGUCAACACCGCCGCAGAACAAUGGAAAUGCACGAAGGCAGUUCUGUUUAGUCACUUUAUUUACGAACUUCCUUUAAUUGCUGCAUUUCACCCGUUUGCUACAUUUUUUGGAAUGGAUAUCGUGGUUGUUCCUUUCCCUACCUGGCAGAAAAUCGCAUAUCAAGUUGCAUUCUUUUUCGUGUUUGAAGAUGCGUUUCACUACUGGUUCCAUCGGUUGUUGCAUUAUGGAUCAUUCUACAGAAACAUCCACAAGCAGCAUCACGAAUAUUCCGCACCUUUCGGUCUGGCCGCUGAGUACGCUCAUCCCGUAGAGGUUCUGAUAUUAGGCAUGGGUACCAUCGGAGGCCCUUUGCUCUGGGUUGCAGCAACGCAUGAUCUUCAUAUGAUCACUGUCAUGUUGUGGAUCACACUACGUCUAUUCCAAGCUAUUGAUGCGCAUUCAGGAUACGAUUUCCCUUGGUCUCUUCGUCAUUUUAUUCCAUUCUGGGCUGGCGCAGAACAUCAUGAUUAUCACCACAUGGCUUUUGUCAAUUGUUACUCUACUUCGUUCCGGUGGUGGGAUUAUAUGAUGGGCACUGAUGAUAGAUAUAAAGAAUACAGGAAAAAGAGAGAGGAACGACUAAAAGUUGCUGCUGAAAAGAAAGACAAUUAA